UUUUUUCUCAAAACUUUUUAGGUUAAUUUUUUUUCCGGAUUAAAUCUAAGGACUUUUAGCCCACUUUGUAUACACCCAUUAAAAUACCACAAAAGUUUGCAUAAAUGGAUCGAUUGAUCGAUCUCGUGACUCAAUUUCCGUAUAUCGCGGAAGAGACUCUCAUUCGUUCGAUGAGAAUCGUCGUCAAGGUCGACGAUCCACUACAAGGAAUGGCAAUAAACUUCGUUCCUUUUCCCCUCCAGCAUUCUCCUGUUCCCUUCUCUUUCCCCGUGUCUCCUAAUCUGAAGACGAAGGACGGAAAAAAUAUCCAGCAGCAGUCGUACGCUUCAUUUUUCUUUUUGAAAAACCAGUCGUAUCCAGCAGCAGGAGCAGCAGCAGCAGCAGCAGCAGCAGCAACAGCAGCAGCAGCAGCAGCGGUAGCGAGAGUAGCGGCAGCAGCGGCGGCAACGGCACCAACGGCGGCUUCUAGAAGAGACAAGAUUGCAUUCCGAUGCAAGACUUCUGUGGUAUCUUGAGGCGAACAAGGACAACAACGAUUCGCUAAAUGAUAUCGCUUAACUAACCUUUUACGAAACUCGAGUUACUUUCGAUUUAAUUUGUUUUAGGACAUUUAGCAUCUUGGAGAGAAAUAAAAUUGAAAAAAAAAAAAUUGAUUUUCCUAUUCAUAAAAUGUUUCGUUAACAAACGACAUUUUUUAGGUCAGUAACAUUUUUAAAGAAGUAACUACAUAGUUAGUUAUUUCUCGAUCGAAGGAGAGUCCUCUGAGUCGAAGUAGGUCCCCCCUUCCUUCUUAAGGAGACCUGGGAGAACCACCUGUAGACUGCUCGAGAGGUGUUGUGUUUUCACCUGGCAGUCGAAGCUGCGAUCGCGAGCGAACCGGUGUUCCGAUAUUCUCCUCGCUUUCUUUUAGAUAUUGGAGAAGUUUAAUCAUUCGAUCAUUGAGAAAACUCGAUGAAUGAACUCGAGAGGACGAAAAAAUCAAUUUAAAAAUCAUCACGAGUGAAGAAUAAACAUGAUCCAAUGUGUGAUUUAACGAAUAAAAUUAUUAUUUCAAUCGUGAAGUGUUUUGAACAAUUUUCCAAGAGGAAAAGUGUAAUUUAACAUGGAAACUGUCCUUGAAAAAAUGGGCAAGCUCAAUCUGAGGAUUCCGAGCUGUCCUGUAAAGAGUCCACAACCACUGAAGGAGUUUGUCGGCCGCUGUCAAACGAUGCCAUCGAGAGUGAAGAAGUCUUUUUGCGGUUGCCUCCAAGAUGACGAACCACCGGAAAUCACGUACUGUGUGGUGGAACACACUGGUACGCUCACGCUUCAAGCAAUGACACCGACUUUGCCGAUGCCAGCUGAAGAAGAAUUGAACAAGAUGUUCCUUGAGUUGGUCGACGAGCUCGAUUUGACGCAAGCUAAUCGACAAGCAGUUUUGGCACUUCCGGCUAAUAAGAAAUGGCAGAUAUAUUGUUCGAGAAAGGGAAAUGGAACGCUUGAAAAUGGAGGCUUGAGAACCACUGAUCUUAGCGGGGAUCCUGACGAUUAUAUCGAUAGGAUCAGGACAAUUGCAAGUAGUCAAUAUCCAGAGGAAGGAGAAGAUGCAGCGAUACGAAUGCGUCAAGUAGAAGCUUUGAAGACAGCUCUGAGAACGCAACCGCACAGCUUCGUCCUAAGGUUCAUCGAACUUGAUGGUUUGAACGCUUUACUGCAGGUUCUAGAAAGAAUGGACGUGGAGGCAGCCAAUAGCAAUCUUCACACAAGCGUGAUAGGUUGUUUAAAAGCUUUGAUGAACAAUUCGAAUGGCAGGGCACAUGUGCUGGCACAUCCCACAGCAAUCAAUACCAUAUCUCAAUCGCUCGCAACGGAGAACAUAAAAACAAAAAUUUCAGUAUUGGAAAUACUCGGUGCAGUUUGUUUGGUACCUGGUGGUCAUCGUAAAGUUUUAGAAGCUAUGCUACAUUUUCAACAUUAUCAUUCCGAGAGAACACGUUUCCAAAGUAUAAUAAAUGAUCUCGACAAAAAUUUUGGUAUCUACAAGGACAAUCUCUCUCUCAAAACGGCUAUAAUGUCCUUCAUCAACGCCGUCCUUAAUUAUGGGCCCGGUCAAGUAACUUUAGAAUUUAGACUCCAUCUCAGAUACGAAUUGCUCAUGCUCGGCAUUCAACCGAUUAUUGAAAAAUUGAGGAAAUAUGAGAAUGAGACGCUCGACAGGCACCUUGAUUUUUUUGAAAUGGUUCGUAACGAGGACGAGAAGGAAUUGGCUAGGAAGUUUGAAAAGGAACACGUGGACACUAAAAGCGCAACGACCAUGUUUGAUUUAUUGAGGCGAAAACUCAGUCACACGGCAGCUUAUCCUCAUCUUCUCAGUUUAUUACAACAUUGUUUACUGUUACCACUCGAUUAUGGUUCGCACCCACAACAUUGGCUACUUUUCGAUCGAAUCGUCCAACAAAUUGUCUUACAGACUGAAGGAAACGAAACAGGGAUAGCAAAAAAUCCUGACAUCGCACCAAUCGAUAUCAACGUGAAGGAAAUCGUUCAUUUAUUGGCCAAAGAAGAGGAAUUAGUUGCUGCCAGAAAGAAAGCUGAAGAAUUGGAACGUGAAAAUUCUGAUAUGUCAACGAGAUUGGCUAAGAAGGAACAAGAACUUGAUUUACGAACACAAGAGAAGGAGGACAUGGAGGCAAGUUUGGCAAGGAUCAAGGAACGUCUGGAAAAAGAAACCUCGAUGCAUAUAGAGACGAAACAGAGAAUAUCAGAGUUACAGGAUAAUCUCGAGAUUUUGUCGCGACAAAUUAAUAACGAAAAGUCCGAGAGGAAACGAUUGGAACAAUUGGUAGCAUCGGGAAGUUUACCGGACGAUGCCAAAGCUACUUUAAAGAUCGUAGACGAUGAGGUUCUUGAAAAAGUCGAAGCCAAACCGAUGCCACCUCCGCCGCCUCCACCGCCUUUGGCACCGCCUCCUCCACCUUGUUUAAUGCCAGCUGCUCCACCUCCGAUGAAGGUUGAGAUAGUAAAAAACGUUCCUCAACCAAGCAAUCCAUUGAAAUCCUUCAAUUGGUCGAAGAUACCAGAACAGAAACUCCAAGGUACGAUUUGGUCCGAGCUAGACGAUACAAAAUUAUACAACGUCAUGGAUUUAGAAUCGAUCGACAAGAUCUUUUGUGCCUAUCAGAAGAACGGUGUAUCCGCUGAAGGUUCCAUCGAAGAUCUACGUACUUUGGGAAAGAAUAAGAAAACUAUGUCGGUGAUCGACUCGAGAAGAGCACAGAAUUGUACGAUAUUAUUGUCGAAACUUAAAUUGUCUGACAACGAGAUCACCAGAACGAUACUGUCGAUGGACCAACAGAAUAUACUACACAUUGACAUGGUCGAACAAUUAUUAAAAUACAUUCCUUCGUCGGAAGAAGCUGCUCUUUUAGAUAUGCAUCAAAAGGAAUUACAAAAUAGGGCUGAUUGUUUCCUCUAUCAGAUUUCAAAAGUUCCUCACUACGAACAGAGACUUAGAUCGUUACACUAUAAAAAGAAAUUCUCAGCUAGUAUAGCAGAAUUAACACCAAGAAUGAGAGCGGUUCUUGAAGCUAGUCGUCAAGUUGCAAGAUCUAGAAGACUCAGGAAAUUAUUAGAACUGGUUCUAGCUCUUGGGAAUUAUGUAAAUCGCGGAAAUGCUCGCGGUAAUGCUUGUGGAUUUCGAUUAGCUUCUUUGAAUCGUCUAGUUGAUACGAAAUCUUCUUGCUCAAAAGGCACCACUCUUUUACACUAUCUCGUACAAAUCCUUGAAUCAAGGUUCCGUGAAGUUUUAGAUAUUGAAGAAGAUAUGCCGCAUGUUAGGACAGCUGCUAGAGUUAGCAUGGCUGAUCUUCAAAAAGAAGUGGCUAACUUGAAGAAUGGUUUGCAAGACGUUCAAAGGGAAAUUGAAUUUCAUCGAGGCCAAUCUCAGGUAUUGCAAGGUGACAUGUUUUUACCAGCUAUGAGAGACUUCCAGGCGCAAGCCACAUGUAGAUUAGCCGAAGCUGAGGACUUGUUCCAAGAUAUGAAGACUAGAUUUGACCGAGCUGUUAGACUAUUCGGUGAGGAUUCUGCGGGUGUACAACCAAACGAAUUCUUUGGUAUAUUCGAAAACUUCCUUCAAGCGCUUGCUGAAGCUAGACAAGAUGUUGAAAACAUGAGAAAGAAGAUCGAGGAAGAAGAACGUCGUGCUAAACAGGAACAAGAGCUGCGAAAAAGGACAAUGGAAAGAAAAAAUUCUCGUGAAGGAAUAUUAAACAGUAUAUCAUUAAGUAAAAAGAACGAAGCUAAUGGUAAUCAAGGAGACAACAAAGGUGAAUUCGACGAUCUAAUUUCUGCGCUUCGUACCGGAGAUGUUUUUGGCGAAGACAUAGCCAAAUUUAAAAGAUCUAAACGUAGGCCGGUAACACCAUGUGGUCAAGAAUCACGUAGGCAUAGCGCUCAUAGGGAAGAUUCACGAGAACGACAUUAGACUGUACGGAAUUUAUUUUUAUUCAAGGAUAACAAAAAACAUAAGAUAAAAAGAAGAAGAAAGAGAGAUAGAGAGAGAGAGAACAAGUUCAUCAAAUUUCGAUACUAAUUACAUCGAAAUAUGACUUCAAAACUCUUUUAAAAGGAUAAACUCGAAUGUCAAUGAGAAUCCUAAUGAUUAAUAACUACCCUAACUUGUGAUUAUAAUUUUAGAAAUGACGAGUCUUUAUAUAAAUUAUAUUUCACGAUCGGUGCUACGUUGAUCGUUUCCUAACAUAAUUCACAGACUGCGUAGAUAGAUUGUAUUCGCUUUUUAAAAUCAAAGAGAGAGAGAAUGAAGAUCCGGUAUUAAAAUAUGAAUUAUAAGAAUCGAUUUUCUUUGUAUAUAGAUCAUAAAGUUUUCAUGUUUGUUUAGAAAAAAGAAAUGUUCAGACCAAAAAAUCUUACCAGCUAAUACGAAUCAAAAAUACUUUAUCGAUGUUGAUACUAAACAAAAAAGGGACUGAUAUAAUUGUAACCAUUUUUUUUUCUUUUUAACCAAUGUUAUUCAUUCAACAGGAAAAAUAUUGGAAAAAUGGAGGCCUAUAAUCACAGCAUUUGUUGUGUCGAGUAAUCCACAAGUCUGAAUUUUCUAUUGUUGUAUUAAAAAAAAAAAAAAAAUAUACACCGAGAAUUUAUCAUCGUCAAAUUUUGACAAUAGAAUUCGAUGUUUAGAGACGAAAAAAGAAUAGAAGAGACGAAAGAAAAUGGAAAUUAGUAAAUCGCGCUGUAUAGAAAUCGGUGUUUUGUAAGCUUUUGUACUUUUGUAAAUAUACACUAAUAUCGAUGUUUAUUUCUCGCAAAAAAUCUUUUUUUUAAGAAAACUUUUUUCUCGCGAGAAUCUCGAUAUCUGAUUUAAUAUAUUAAUUAUGUAUUACACGUCUCUUACUGAUAUCACUAUGUAUUAAUAUUUGAAAAAAAUAUAUCUAAUAAAAGAGUAAGAUACGAA